GAGGCGGGAGGUGGAGGACUGGUUGGAAGGACAGAGAUAAGGAAAGAGACAGGGAAAGGGCAAGAAGAAGAGUGGAUUACUCCGAUUAUGAGGAGCUAGACGAAAUGGAUAGGACAGUGUUUGUUGAUGAGAUCGACGCUGCGUUGAGAACAAGCAGGAAGAGGAGAGCUGUGAGGAUGGCGGAGACAGACGAGUCAAGCCAUGAUCCUACAAUGCGCUGGCAAACAUCCAGGCGACGGACGUUCUCAUCCUCAUCCACGACAUCGUUUUCACCUCGUUCUAGUCCUGUCUCGCUCUUCAGGAAUCGCCGGCCAGACUGGGCACGAGUAUUUCCCCCAAUUAUCAUCUUCUUCAGAUUACUUUCGAUCGUACCCGCCUCAUUGGCGAUCAUUUCCCAUGUAUGGAAUAUUGCUGUUCUUGAUCCAGACACAUGUAGGCCUGGACUUUGUAGAGUUGAUUAUUUCUUGUGCUUACUUUGGGCGAUGCUGACAGCGCAUCAAUGUCGUAAAUUCACUAAGGGUCUCUUCCUCCGUUGGAAAGCCUACUACCCACUCUUACCUACCCUGAUACGUCUUCUCGGUCUUCAAGCAAUAUGUUGGCCGGCAACUCAUUUCACACUUGUCGUCCUCGACCAUCACGUUCGUCCGCUAAUCUGUUGGACCGUGAUUGGAACGACGACGUGCGUCUCGAGGGGGAUUCAAAUUUGGGCAACGAGUAAUCUGAGUGAAAGACGUCAACGCCGGCGGCAGAAAUGGGGCCACAUGAACGGAGGGGUUGGUGAGAAUGGGUCUGAUGGAGCUGAAGACGACAGGGCGACGAAAGAAGAAGAGGAGAGGGAGAGAGAAGAGGAGAAAGGAAGAACGAGAGAUUGGCUGAGAGCUUGGACCAGAGGAAUUGGGAGCGUGGGUGUGGGUGUUGGGGUUGAGGUCAUGGGGCCUGGGAAGAGGUGGUGGGAUUGGAAGGAAAUUGGGCUGAAGUGCGCUGUCCCGGCGGCGGUGAUGUAUUUUGUGAUGGCAUGGGGGUUGUUGCUUUCUAGGGAGUUCCGCAGCGAAGGGGGUGGUGCGUGAUACGUGCGGUGGUCCCAGAUACCCAUUUUGGCGUUGGCAGGCAACACUUAUGCCGACGUUGUGGCUACUCUUUAUCAUACAU